AAUAACAACAAUAACAACCGCUCUGUGGCCCCUGACGGAGAUUCAGUCGGUGCACCACAUUCGUAGCAAAACGGCGACGAACCAGCACUUGGACAAUUCAGUGGAAACGAUUGUUUGUAAGCGCUUUUAUCUGCAGCAACGUCGGACUAUGGCUCCUUGCGCCCGUCGGAGGACUGCUAGCAUGCUAAUCCGCCUUGUUUUGUCAUAUUGAUCGCUCGUGUGCUCCAUUGUUGCAAGCUCACCAUAACAUUUUAAACGGUUUAUACAUUUUAAGAUUUAAAUCUUAACCGUUUUACCCAGUUAGAUUGCUUGUUUAAGGAACAUUUCAACUGUUUAGUCGCGAUUUCCGUCGAGUAUACCGUAGUUUUGUCGAUAUUUGUUGUUCAACACUUGUUGAAUUGAUAUUUUGUUGUGUAGUUCUUAGGGUGCUCUGACUAUUGAGUUGGAUUUUGCAAGGCCUCGGUCUGCCAGGUCACCGUACUGGCAUGUAAACAAUAGAUUCGGCUCUGCAUGUUUGCAGACUGUACGUCGUUUGCUAUAUUCUCAUUAUAUGCUCGUUUUGCGCCCAGUGCUGGGCUGGUCAGCCACAGUUGUGUAUUAAUAGCGGUCAUAUAGAAUCAGGUCAAUCUCCACGACAAAGAAAUGCUCCAGAAGAGAUUCCUCAGACUUUUCUCGACUUCUUCGUCACACUGAAAGUAACACAAAAAACCUGUGGGUCCAGUCUUGGUGUAAAGACCUGUCAUGUCAGAGUCUCUGAUAUCUGGGCAAACGUCAGAGGACCUCCUGGCUGACUUUGAGACUAUGCUGAACUCUGGAAAGAUCAAUCUGGAGCAGGACCAUCAGAUCGUUGUCUUCACCAGUCCUGGCGCUGAAGGGAUUCUACCGGACAUUACUCCGUCCAGCAUUGGUGAAGUCCUGCUGUUUGCCACGCCUCAGGGACCAGCUGGCGUGAGGGUCCAGGACAAGAGACGACUAGGGAGACCACCGGUGAAGCGGAAGUUGGACCUCGACAGUGACCACCAGUAUGUCAGCACAACACGACCCGCUACUGGACAAAUCCCUGCCGCCACACCAGCGCCACCUAGAGUUCCCCGAGUGACAUCAGAGAAGUCACGUUAUGACACAUCCCUCAACCUGACCACCAAGCGCUUCCUGGACCUCCUGGCUCAGUCGCCUGACGGCGUGGUGGACUUGAACUGGGCUGCUCAGGUCCUGAAUGUCCAGAAGAGGCGCAUCUAUGACAUCACUAAUGUUCUGGAGGGAAUCCAGCUCAUCGCCAAGAAGUCCAAGAACAACAUCCAGUGGCUUGGGGAGCACGUAGAUGAUGCCACAACCGCUCGGCAGAAAGAGCUGCAGAAGGAGGUGUCUGACCUGGCGGAUGCUGAGGAGGAGCUGAACCAACUCCUCGCCAGUGCUUCUCUGGAGUUAAAACAGCUCACAGAAGAUCCCAAGAACAAAAGGUAUGGCUAUGUUCGCUGUCAGGACCUUAGGGAUUCCUUUGACUCAUCCGACCAGAUGACCAUGGUGGUCCGUGCCCCUCCUGAGACACAGAUGCAAGUCUCAGAUCCCUCACAGGGCUACCAGGUGUCCCUGAAGAGCACCCGCGGUGCCAUCGACGUCUUCCUCUGUCCAGAUGACACCUCUGGCAUCAGCAGCCCCACGGCUGAAGGCAGCCCUGUCAACGAACCAGAACCUUGUGCUCUUCCUCUUGCGCAGCCUGAGGACACAUGGAGUGCGAUGAUGCCGCUGGAUGUUGGGUUGUCAUCUCCAGCAUCUACGUCAUCCACAGCCACUGCGGCGUCCCAGCAGGUGCUAGGCACCGACUCGGAAUCCUUCAUGGGCGGUGACCCCUUCCCCAGCCUGGGUGACCUGCCUGACUUCCCCCUCUCCCCACUCUGUGACUCGGACUUCCUGAGCAGCGAUGGCCUGGACAGGUUCGUCAACGUGUCCCCUCCUCCCAGUCACGAGUACAACUUCAGCCUGGAGGAGCACGAGGGGAUCAGCGAGCUCUUCGACUGCGACUUCAGUGACCUGUCGCAGGUUUGGGGUGAAACUAAUGCAAGUGAUUCUGCACAGACUUUAUUUAACAUUCAGUGAGAACUGACCCCUCCGCUGAAUUUGUUCAGCACUUGGCCAUUUAAACAGUUUAGCUUUAGUAUUUAAAUUAUUUAUGUCCCUUGGUUUUUGUGUUUCAAAGUUUGUGGGCCGAGCCCAAACUAGCCGGCUGGUUUCCUUCACACCAAAAACUGAGAACUCUAUAGGCUUGUCAAGGUGCCUGAUAAGAAUCUCAGAUUCCUUCAAAGAAUUCCUUUAAAUUCGCUUCACCUUGCUAUUCCCUUUUCCACUCUAGUAUUAAAAACUGUUAGCUUUGGGUUCCUUUGCUUCUUAAAGAUUACGUUCCUUUGAAAGUUUUCCUUCAUAGAAUCCAUGUCUUUAAAAAGCAGCACAAACAAUACAGUUGACAAAUGUAGCGCAGCGAGCAACACAACAGAACAAAUCUCAGCAGUCAAAGCUGGAAAAGAUUUGAAAAUCUUAGAAAACUGAGUUUUAAUUGUUGUUUCAGUUCGUCGGGAAAGGCUAACUUUAGUAUCCAAUUCAAUAAUGUGAUUUGUAUCUGUCUCAGAACGGUGUGCAGGAAACCAGCCAGGACGAAUACUGACUCAGUCACUGGUGAUUAGCCAGCUAGUUGUGUUAGCCGUAGUCUCAGGUGUUCAGGAGAGAAGUCUUAACGCAACGUUUCUGAUGCAAGUAUGUGUGUGUGUGUGUGUGUGUGCUGUGAGUUUUGGAGGUGGGCGGGGUAAAUACGCUUACGUGGCUGGCCUAGUUUUAAUGAGGCCACAGAUCAGGUGGAACAUUUAUGACCCGUUGUUUGAGGAGUGUGUUCUGUGUUUGUGGUGUGAAUGACGGCCACACGUGGGCUGUUGUGAGUUCAAAGUGACACUCAUUGUCAGUUUUGGAUGUUUCAAAAUUUGAAAAAUAUUUCAUUGGGAAGCCCAGCUGGAGUGUUACCCCACUUUAAAGUGUAUUACGCAUUCAUUCGAUUUAUGACCGUGGUUUCACUGUUACGUUGUUGCCAGCAAUUCGGAUGUGACCUGGAUAAAUAUCACUUUCUUCAUUUAGAAAUCAUUUCCAUUUGCUAUAAAGCAGCUUCUCAGAUUUGUCCUCAAAAUGCACUCGAAUUGCUCUAUUUUUCUAGUUUGAAAUGUUGUUUUUGUUGUAAUUUAUAUAAGCUAACUUUCAACUAAUCAUGUGGUUCUAAUGUCUUUGUGUGUGUUUGCAGUACUGUUUGUACACUUGCAUAUUUAUUUAAAAUGGGUUUCAUAGAAAAUGGUACAAAAAAAAAAAAAAAGAUUUGAGUCCAUGGUGGGAAGGAACUCGCAGCCAUGGCAACGAGGUAAAGUCUUUAUUUUGAUCACACUUGUUGAUAUUCGAUUGUAUAUUUGCGCCUUUUUCACUGUUAGCGCUUUAUUUUGUUUGACAGUUCUGUGUAGUGGUUCCCUGAGAUUGUGCUUCAGUUUCUCGGUAACCUUUAAUGUCACUGCAGAGGUCUUCCUCCCGAGAAAACCUGUGUGGUGACUUCCUGUUCCAAACUUGUGUUGUCAUUCUACACAGUCAGUGCCUUGUUCAAACCUGAUGCUGCCAUUCUACGAGCAUAA